AUGGCAGAGAUACCAAAGUUCGGAGGGAUGUCGGGGCAGACGCUGUCGCGGAGUGUAUCUACCAUCGCGACAUGCGGCUUCUUGCUGUUCGGAUACGAUCAGGGUGUGAUGGCUGGAAUCAUCAGUGCAAUCCCGUUCAACACCGUCUUCCCAGAGACCAAGGAUAACCCAACAAAUCAAGGCUUCGUCACUGCCAUCUAUGAAAUAGGAUGUCUUUUGGGCGCAGUCGGUAUAAUAUGGGGUGGCGACAUGAUCGGGCGUCGCAAGUCCAUCAUCAUCGGAGCUAUCAUCAUGGCCCUCGGUGCUAUCAUCCAAGUCACUAGCACCGUUGGACACCAGCCAUACGCCCAGUUCAUCAUCGGCCGAAUCGUUACAGGUGUUGGAAACGGAAUCAACACCUCUACCAUCCCCACUUAUCAAGCCGAAUGUUCUCAUACCUCAAACCGAGGCCUUCUCAUCUGUAUUGAGGGAGCCACCAUCGCUUUCGGUACAUUGAUCGCCUACUGGAUCGACUACGGCGCCUCGUUUGGUCCCGAUGACUUCUCCUGGAGGUUCCCUAUUGCAUUCCAGAUCGUAUUCUCAUUCGUCAUGGUUGGCGGUAUGCUCUGGCUCCCCGAGUCUCCACGCUGGCUGUGUAUGAGAGAUCGUGCAGAUGAGGGCGAGAGGGUCAUUGCUGCCCUCCACGGAGUCGAAGUCAACACCCCCUUGGUCCAGGCUGAGAAGGCUGCCGUUAUGGAAUCAAUUCGAGCCUCUGGAGAAGUCGGAAAGCCCACUCCUCUAUCGGUUGUAUUCACCGGUGGGAAAACCCAACAUCGUCGCCGCAUGUUCCUUGGUGUUUUUGGUCAAAUCGCCCAGCAGCUAUCAGGUUGCAACGCCAUCAUCUAUUUCUUCCCCGUCCUCUUCGAAAAAUCUAUUGGUGUGGACCAUAACAUGGCAACCCUGCUUGGUGGUGUUAACAUGAUUGUGUACUCGAUCUUUGCGACCACAUCUUGGUUCCUGAUCGAGAGAGCCGGAAGACGCAAACUCUUCCUUUACGGAGCUGCCGGCCAGGCCAUCUCUAUGACUAUCACCUUUGCGUGCUUGAUCCCUAAUACCCCAUCUGCCGCCAAGGGUGCUGCCGUCGGCCUUUUCACAUACAUUGCCAGCUUCGGCGCUACAUGGCUCCCCUUGCCAUGGCUAUAUGCUGCAGAGAUUUCCCCGAUCAAGACCCGUGCAAAGGCAAACGCACUUUCGACGUGCUCUAACUGGCUGUUCAACUUCUUCAUCGUCAUGAUCACCCCCGUCAUGCUUGAUGGUAUCGGUUGGGGAACGUAUCUGUUCUUUGCGAUCAUCAACGUCUGCUUCCUCCCGAUCAUCUACCUCUUCUAUCCCGAGACUGCCAAGCGCAGUCUUGAGGAGAUUGAUAUCAUCUUCGCCAAGGGGUAUUGCGAGAACAAGAGCUAUGUCCAGGCCGCCAGAGAGCUACCUUACCUCACAGAGGAGGAAAUCAGCAGGAUGGAUGAGGAAUAUGGACGUCAGAAAAGCCCCGAGACUGAUUCCCCGCCGGCCGAGAAGGCCAAUGUUGCUGAACAAUAA